AGUCCCUGGGGCUGGCGGGCUCCUCACUAUAUGGGGGCGGGCCUCAGCGUCCGGCGCUGGGCUUCCUGUUCAGAGGCUGUCUGGCGGUAGGCGGCGGACUCGGCUGGUGCUCACUUCGGCGCGGUGAGCGAGCGCUCCUGAGGCUCUAGGGCCGCUGCGCCAAGCCCGACCCUGCGCCACCAUGGCACCAGUACAGCUGGAGAACCACCAGCUGGUCCCGCCCGGAGGCGGUGGCGGAGGCAGCGGCGGCCCCGCGUCAGCCCCGGCGCCUCCUCCUCCUGGAGCCGCCGUGGCGGCGGCUGCUGCCGCUGCGGCUAGCCCUGGCUACCGGCUGAGCACUCUCAUCGAAUUUCUGCUGCACCGGGCCUACUCGGAGCUUAUGGUGUUGACGGAUCUACUGCCAAGGAAAUCUGAUGUGGAAAGGAAAAUAGAAAUAGUGCAGUUUGCUAGUCGGACACGUCAACUCUUUGUUCGAUUACUAGCUUUAGUAAAAUGGGCUAAUAAUGCUGGCAAAGUGGAAAAAUGUGCGAUGAUCUCAAGCUUUUUAGAUCAACAAGCCAUCUUAUUUGUGGACACUGCUGAUCGCCUUGCUUCAUUAGCUAGAGAUGCUCUGGUUCAUGCACGCCUGCCUAGUUUUGCCAUUCCAUAUGCCAUUGAUGUACUGACUACUGGGUCUUACCCACGGCUGCCAACCUGCAUCAGGGAUAAAAUUAUUCCUCCAGACCCAAUUACCAAAAUUGAGAAACAAGCCACACUUCACCAGCUGAACCAGAUUCUUAGACAUCGUCUUGUAACCACAGACCUUCCUCCUCAGUUAGCAAAUCUUACAGUUGCAAAUGGUCGGGUGAAGUUUCGAGUCGAAGGAGAAUUUGAAGCCACCUUGACUGUAAUGGGAGAUGAUCCUGAUGUUCCAUGGCGUCUUCUCAAGCUAGAAAUUCUAGUAGAGGAUAAGGAGACAGGAGAUGGGCGAGCCUUGGUUCAUAGCAUGCAAAUCGACUUUAUCCAUCAGCUGGUGCAGUCAAGGCUAUUUGCUGAUGAGAAACCUCUUCAGGACAUGUACAAUUGCCUACAUUCUUUCUGCUUAUCACUUCAGUUAGAAGUGCUACAUUCCCAAACUCUAAUGUUAAUCCGAGAGCGGUGGGGAGACCUUGUGCAGGUAGAAAGGUAUCAUCCUGGAAAGUGCCUCUCCCUCUCAGUUUGGAAUCAACAGGUCCUUGGGAGAAAAACAGGGAUGGCAUCUGUUCACAAAGUUACAAUUAAAAUCGAUGAGAAUGAUGUCUCUAAACCUUUGCAGAUUUUUCAUGAUCCUCCUUUGCCAGUUUCUGAUUCCAAAUUAGUAGAAAGAGCCAUGAAGGUAGAUGAUAUUGAUCACUUAUCAAUAGAAAAACUCCUGAUUGACAGUGUCCGUGCACGAGCUCAUCAGAAGCUCCAGGAGCUGAAGACCAUUCUUAGAGGCUUCAAUGCCAAUGAAAACUCUUCCAUAGAGACUGCACUUCCAGCUCUUGUUGUUCCCAUCUUGGAGCCCUGCGAUAAUUCGGAGUGUCUACACAUUUAUGUAGAUUUGCAUUCUGGAAUGUUCCAAUUGAUGCUUUAUGGACUCGACCAGGCCACUUUGGAUGACAUGGAGAAGUCUUUGAAUGAGGAUAUGAAACGAAUCAUUCCUUGGAUUCAACAACUUAAGUCCAGGAUGGGAGUGCUUCGUAUUAAAUUCCCCUCUAGAGCAAAUACAGUAGAUCCAGUUUUUGUGCCUUUGCUUCCCUCCACCCAGUACCUCCGUUAUUUCCAGCAGUUCCCUUCCUUAGUUCACAUCCAUGGGUCAUGCAUGUUUUGGCUUGGACAACAGCGUUGCAAACAGUCUAUAAAACAUCUGCCUACAAUAAGCACUGAUACAUUGCAGCUGUCCAAUUACUCAACUCAUCCUAUUGGAAAACUGUCUAAGCAUAAGCUGUUCAUUAAACUUACUCGUCUUCCACAAUACUAUAUUGUUGUAGAGAUGUUAGAGGUUCCCAAUAAACCCACACAGCUGACAUACAAGUACUACUUCCUGUCUGUGAGUGUUGCGGAACGGGAAGACAGCCCUGUCAUGGCCCUCGUGCUGCAGCAAUUCAAGGACAACAUCCAGGAAUUGAUUUUACGUACAAAAAUCGGGAAACAGCCUAGAGCCAGUACUAAGCGCAAGUUGUCUGAUGAUUCAUGUCCAGUAGAACCUAAGAAAGCCAAACGAUCAGGAGAAAUACGUGCCUUCAAUAAAAUUCUAGCGCAUUUUGUUGCUGUGUGUGAUACAAAUAUGCCAUUUGUAGGACUUCGAGUGGAGUUGUCCAAUCUGGAGAUUCCGCAUCAAGGAGUACAAAUGGAAGGUGAUAGCUUCAGCCAUGCAAUUCGCUUAUUAAAAAUUCCUCCCUGCAAGGGUGUAAAUGAGGAAACCCAGAAGGCUCUGGAUCGCUCUCUCCUCGAUUGCACUUUCCGAUUACAAGGUAGAAAUAACCGCACAUGGGUAGCAGAGUUAGUGUUUGCAAAUUGUCCACUUAAUGGCACUUCUACCAGGGAACAAGGACCAUCCCGGCAUGUUUAUCUAACAUAUGAAAACCUGUUGUCCGAACCUGUUGGUGGUAGAAAAGUGGUUGAAAUGUUCCUUAAUGACUGGAAUAGCAUUGCACGAUUAUAUGAGUGUGUGUUGGAAUUUGCACGUUCUCUACCAGACAUACCUGCUCAUCUAAAUAUUUUCUCAGAAGUUCGUGUUUAUAAUUACCGAAAACUUAUCUUGUGUUAUGGAACUACUAAGGGAAGCUCAAUUAGUAUCCAAUGGAAUUCCAUACAUCAGAAAUUUCACAUUUCUUUGGGAACUGUUGGUCCAAACUCAGGUUGCAGUAACUGUCACAAUACCAUUCUCCAUCAGCUUCAAGAAAUGUUCAACAAAACACCAAAUGUGGUUCAGUUAUUACAGGUACUGUUUGAUACUCAGGCUCCAUUAAAUGCCAUCAACAAACUCCCCACUGUGCCGAUGUUGGGCUUGACCCAGAGAACCAACACUGCCUACCAGUGCUUCUCCAUUUUGCCACAGUCAUCCACUCACAUCAGACUGGCCUUUAGAAACAUGUAUUGCAUUGAUAUAUACUGCCGGAGUCGAGGUGUUGUGGCGAUACGGGAUGGUGCCUAUAGUCUUUUUGAUAAUAGCAAGUUAGUUGAAGGAUUUUAUCCUGCACCAGGACUAAAGACAUUCCUGAAUAUGUUUGUUGACAGCAAUCAGGAUGCUCGAAGAAGGUCUGUAAAUGAGGAUGAUAAUCCCCCUUCUCCCAUAGGAGGAGAUAUGAUGGAUUCUCUAAUCUCACAACUGCAGCCACCACCCCAGCAACAGCCAUUUCCAAAGCAGCCAGGAUCAUCAGGUGCUUAUCCUCUUACUUCACCUCCUACAUCCUAUCAUAGCACAGUUAGCCAAUCUCCAUCUAUGAUGCACACACAGUCCCCAGGAAAUCUGCAUGCCGCAAGUUCCCCCAGUGGGGCUUUGAGAGCCCCAUCACCAGCGUCAUUUGUUCCAACUCCUCCCCCAUCCUCGCAUGGACUCUCAAUAGGACCAGGGGCCAGUUUUGCUAGUCCACAUGGAACCCUGGACCCCAGUUCUCCAUACACUAUGGUGUCACCAAGUGGACGGGCAGGGAACUGGCCAGGGUCUCCUCAAGUGUCUGGCCCCUCCCCGGCAACGCGGUUGCCUGGAAUGUCACCAGCCAACCCAUCACUACAUUCUCCAGUUCCAGAUGCUUCUCAUUCCCCUCGAGCUGGAACAAGUUCCCAAACGAUGCCAACAAACAUGCCCCCACCUCGUAAACUACCUCAGCGCUCCUGGGCAGCCUCCAUACCCACCAUCCUCACUCACAGUGCCUUGAACAUUUUAUUGCUGCCCUCUCCAACACCAGGCCUCGUGCCUGGCCUGGCAGGUAGUUACCUUUGUUCUCCACUUGAAAGAUUCCUUGGAUCGGUCAUCAUGAGAAGACAUCUUCAAAGAAUUAUUCAACAAGAAACGCUGCAGCUGAUAAAUUCCAAUGAACCUGGGGUGAUCAUGUUUAAGACAGAUGCGCUGAAAUGCAGAGUCGCUCUUAGUCCCAAAACCAACCAAACACUUCAGCUAAAAGUAACACCUGAGAACGCAGGACAGUGGAAACCUGAUGAACUUCAAGUUUUGGAGAAAUUCUUUGAAACAAGAGUUGCUGGACCACCAUUUAAAGCCAAUACAUUAAUAGCCUUCACCAAACUUUUAGGAGCUCCUACACACAUCCUCAGGGACUGUGUGCAUAUUAUGAAACUAGAGCUGUUUCCUGACCAGGCAACACAGCUAAAAUGGAAUGUUCAGUUUUGCCUGACGAUCCCUCCCAGCGCACCACCAAUUGCACCUCCUGGGACUCCUGCUGUGGUGCUGAAAUCCAAAAUACUGUUUUUUCUUCAGCUAACUCAGAAAACAUCGGUCCCUCCCCAAGAACCUGUUAGUAUUAUAGUUCCAAUCAUUUAUGACAUGGCUUCAGGUACAACCCAGCAGGCAGACAUUCCCAGACAGCAGAACUCUUCUGUUGCUGCUCCUAUGAUGGUCAGCAACAUUCUGAAGAGGUUUGCAGAGAUGAACCCACCACGACAAGGUGAAUGCACAAUAUUUGCAGCUGUUCGUGAUUUAAUGGCUAAUCUUACACUGCCCCCUGGUGGGCGUCCAUAGACACUAUUGUUUUUAAACCAGGAAGGCUGACAAAUGAAAGUCUGAAUUCAGCCUUCAGUUUUAAAAAGGAAAAGGACUUUUUGACUUAAAGAGCUAAAUAUUCUAAACUCGCAAAAAUUUUCAGGGUGCAUUUCUUUCAUCAAACAGACCAUCAGUCUUUUGUAUAGUGAACUUGUAUAGUGUGUUGAAAUGGGACACGUUUCAAACUAGGUAAUUAAUACAUCAGUGUCCGCUUGCCAAUCAUAGAGUCAAUAUUCUGUUUUAUACUAUAAAGUUACAGAAAUGCCAAACUUGUUUAUUUAAUUGUUUUCUUAUGUUUUGGGUGUAAUAGUCCUUUUUGGUUUCUGUUUUGUUUUUUUAAGGCAGGUCUGUCAUUUUGAAUACUGUAAAACUGUGAUAAACUUUAUAUUGAAGCUGUAUUUUACUAUGACCGCUUUGAAUCCUCACAUGAAAUGUUCUGGGAGUUGUUAUAAAAACAUCCCAAAGAAGCAAUAUUUAAUAAAACUAGGUUUAAAAAAAAACAGUGACACUCACUUGUGUGUAUAUCAGCUCUAUAGACUUCUCAGGGCCUCCCUUCUUCUUUAACCUGGUGGGGCCAGUAAUUAAUUUCUAAUAAUAUAUUGCCUGGAAUUUGACCAAAAACAUCUGCUUCUUUGUUUCAAGUUUAUUUUCUUCAAACAUUCCUAAAUCAACUGGUGGUGAACAUUUUAGCACCUUGGUUGUCUUUCAGUUUAGGAUUUUGGUAAAAGAGAAAGAACCCAGUCUUUGAAAAGAGACAGUGAGUACUUCCUAUUAGUCAAGGAUCCCAAAUACUUCAACAUUCUGGUCUGUUGAGGAUGUGGUAACUUUUCUGUUAGGCAAAUUUAGUUUAUAGGAUACUUCUGCAUACAGCAUUAGUUAGGAAAUAGAUUUGAGUACUCUGUCCUUACAUGAAAUUUCUGUGAUGUUUCCUUAUCUUGCUUAACUUCCCCAUCAAAGUUGGGGUUAGUCUGAACAAUCCCAGUUUAAUUAAUUAUCAAUAAAAUGAUAAAAUGUUUUUGCUUGGAAGAAACCUGGUCCAAUCCCCUCACUUUGAAGAAUCUAACAUCCAGGGUCUGUCCAGAGUCAAAUGGAGUUUCUGAUACUGACACAUCUCAGCAUAGUUUCCUUUUGGAGUACUGUGCUGUCUCUCCCAAUCAGUCAGGGACUUUGAUAAGCUUGAAAGAAUAUAACAGGAGACAAAGGUCUUCUGGUGACUUGAUGUUAUUUGGGAAGGUUUUUCAAAUGACAACUACCAUGCCAAGUUAUCUGGUCACUGUAAUAUUAGUUCUCCAUUAAAUUUCAGAUGUUUUAUCUAAUUCCAUUUUAGAUGAUUUAAUUGAGCUUCUGUAACUACCCAAAUUCUAGUGUCCAGCAUCUCACUGCAGCUAUAUCAUAUCUGUUCUCAACUUUGCUUGAUUCUCUGUUCAUUUCUGGUCAGAGUUGAGGCCUUCUUUGCCUUUCUUCUAUGUCUUCUUUAUGCCUUCAUCUGCCUCUCGCCCAACUCUGCCACUAUUCAGGAGCAAGUGACUAAACUUUUAUCCUUCCUUUAACUUACCUUUUAUCCUUCUGUUUCCUUUAAUGCAUCGGUUUGUCAAUCUAAGAUGUCUUUAUCAAGGGUCAGUCCUUUUCUAUUUAGAGUUUAAUCCUGUCUUUCAUGUAGAAAUCUACAUUUAAAAAUACAACAAAUGUAUUUUUAUCUACAGGAUAAUAUUGCCUGAAGUAAUUUUACUAAAAUAGUUAACUUUUCAGGUAUUUUCUCUUGUAAGUAUGGUUGGUUUUGGAAUGUUAAUUGCAUUUUUAAGCAUGACGCAUUCAGUGGACACUUUUCCUAAUUGUAACUCAUUUCUGAAUGCAUUGUGCAAAUCAAAAGUAAAAUAGGAUUCAGUGAACAAAAUUGCUUUUGAUGCUUAUUUAAGAGUACACCUUUGAAUUUUGAUAAUUAUGCUUGGUACUUGGAAUUGGUAUAUACUUUAUAAAAGCUUGAACACUCUAGCAUUCAAAUUUUAGGCUUCAUCACAAACCAUGUCUUUUGCCUCUUUUGUUACCCAGUUUCAAUCACAGGAACUGGAUGCCCAUAGAGAUUUUUUCUUAUAGAGGGUUUGGGUCUUAACUUUAAGAUGUUUUCAAUGUGAUUUUAGUAAUAAAUAAAAUUUACACAAGUUUCAGAGAACUACCAACUCUCUAGUUAAUUUUCAUGAAGAUGUUUGGGUAGUAGUAUGGUUUAGUAUUAAUUUAACCUUAAAAGAAGAAAUUGGUUCUGAUCUGCCACCUUUUCUCUAUCUUGAAAUGCUGUUUCAGAAUGUAUAAAAGCACUUUCAGAAUUAGGAAAAAAAUGAAAACUUCAACAGAAUAUGUCAAGUUAUUAAUAAUAGGCUGAACCUUAUAUUUGAACAUUAACUGCAGAUAAGUGCUAAGUGCAGAUGUAAACUAAAAUAUAUAUGAUUUUGAAUUU